UUGAAUAAAUGACGGAAGGCGGCGGCGAAUUUCUCACUACAUAUAACGUUGAAAAGAAAGUGGAAUAAUAAUGGAUGUGGUCGAAGAAAUCGAGAAUUUGCUACAAAAUGGGAACAACUACAGUUAUCGUCAAUAAUGGCUCGUUGACAGCGGCCUGCAUCCAGCGCCUAUCUACAACCUAUGAAACCGUCAUAUUCUGUCGACCUCGUGGGUGGAUGAUAAUGAUAGUGAUGGAAUACCUAAUCAAAGGCAGGCUCGCCGCGGCCCGAGGCAAGUGUGACGAGCAGCUCGAAGCCCAGGCACGUGCCGAACAAUCUGGAAAUUCUAAGACUGAAAUGAUAGACUAUGGUAAUCAUUUCAGCCACAGAAUGUCCCCUGCUGAAUAAAAGCUUACCCUAUUCGUUGACUGUUUGGCAGCGGCCUGUGUCUAGCGUCUACCCGCAACCUACGAGGUCAUAAUUUGUCCA